CUUCGUAACUAAUGAAAUGAGUCGUACCGGUAUCCGAAGGUGGUUUUAUGUAUAAGAUUCGACUAUGAAUAUCGGCCUCUGUUUUCCAGGCGUUGUACCAAUUGUAUCGACUACACUAGCGACAUCUAACGUCACGAGUAGACAAAAAUGAGCAUCAAAUCAGUGACUAGAGCGGAUCGAACAUUGCGAAUUCUCUAUGUGCAGUCGUCGACUCAUCGUGCGAUAUCGUGCCAAUUUGAAUUAUGCAAUCUUAAUGUAUCGUUGGAUACGUGUCUCGUUUGUUUCGCUACAGAUGAUAGAACAGGAGAUUUCACGAUUUUAUUGUCAAGUGUGAACCAAAAAUAUUACUGGUAAUUGCUGGAGGAGAGGAGGGAUCUAACGAUUAAUCACUGUUCAUAGUGAAUUCAAAGCACACGAUAACCCAGAUGACACAGGUCUCUUAGGGAUGUUCUGAGGAUGACCCGAGGACGUCCUGAUGUCCUGAGUACGUCUACAAAACAGAUUCAAUUUUGCUGAUCUCCGGGCGAGGAGCGGACAUGCUAAGGUGGCAGCUCUGCCACGUGUGUUAUGAUUUCGAGAAGAUGCAGCUCCUUAUCGACUGUUCGUUACAUAUCUAAACUAUCUAAGAAGCAGUGUGGCACGUAUAAUCACGCGAAUUUUUCUCCGAUCGAAAGAAUUCUCCUCCGCGUUGCUGGGCGACACACCAACAGAUCGAGUUACAAUUCACUGUUUUAUCUGUCGUUGACCGUGAGAAUGGCGUCAACGUCCAAAAGCGGCAAAAACGUCGGCCAUUCCGGCGCGAAGAAACUGAAUCGCUUAAGUUUGGAGAAGUCGCCGUAUCUGCUGCAACACGCGGCCAAUCCCGUGAAAUGGUAUCCCUGGGGCGACGAAGCUCUGGAGCGGGCCAAGAAGGAAGAUAAGAUGAUCUUCUUGUCGGUCGGCUACUCCACGUGCCACUGGUGCCACGUAAUGGAAAAAGAAUCAUUCGAGAAUGAGGAUAUCGCACGCAUCAUGAAUAAUAAUUUCGUUAAUAUCAAAGUGGACAGAGAGGAAAGGCCCGAUAUUGACAGGAUAUACAUGACGUUCGUUCAGGCAAAAUCGGGUCACGGUGGUUGGCCGAUGAGCGUUUUUCUGGCACCGAAUUUGACACCAGUGACAGGUGGGACAUACUUCCCACCGGAUGACAGAUACGGUCUUAUCGGAUUCAAAUCGCUUCUGCUAGAAGUCGCGAAAAAGUGGGCACAGCAGAAGAACGACAUAAUCAAGUCGGGCGCUAACAUAGUAGGUCGUCUGAAGGAUAUCGCCGAGUGCAGACAAGGUCUGAGGGAAGACGAUGGAUUUCCUACGGCGGAAUGCGGCUUAUUGUGCGUUCACCUUCUGGCGACCGGAUACGAGCCAAAAUUUGGCGGAUUCGGUAGUCAGUUCAGGAUGAAAGCGCCAAAGUUCCCCGAGCCGGUCAAUUUUAACUUUCUCUUCAACAUAUACGCCCUGAGCACUUCGUCCGAGUUGCGUAAGGAGUGUUUGGAGAUGUCCCUGCACACUCUGACAAAGAUGGCUCACGGUGGGAUUCAUGAUCACGUGGGACAAGGAUUUUCGAGGUAUUCCGUGGACGGCGAGUGGCACGUGCCUCACUUUGAGAAAAUGCUCUACGAUCAGGCGCAAAUAAUGCAGGCUUACGCUGACGCUUAUAUCAUCACGAAGAACACGUUUUAUUCCGAUAUCGUGGACGAUAUCGCGACGUACGUCGAGCGCGACCUGCGGCAUAAGGAAGGUGGUUUCUACAGCGCGGAGGAUGCGGAUUCGCUGCCGGAGCCGCAGGCUUCGGCGAAACGGGAGGGCGCGUUUUAUGUCUGGACAUACGACGAGAUCAAGAGCCUUUUGGACAAAAAAAUAUCUGGCAACAGUAACGUACGACUUUUCGAUCUGAUCUGCUACCACUUCAAUGUGAAAAAGGAGGGAAACGUGCGAAAGGCUCAGGAUCCUCACGGCGAACUCACAGGUAAAAAUGUGUUUAUCGCGUAUGAGGGAGUGGAGAAAACCGCGGAGCACUUCGAUAUUAGUCUGGAGGAUACGAGAGUUCAUAUCAAGCAGGCCUGCCGGAUUCUGUUCAAGGAGAGAGCGAACAGACCACGACCCCACUUGGACGACAAGAUGGUCACAGCGUGGAACGGCCUCAUGAUGAGUGGGUUCGCGCGUGCAGGAACAGCCGUGCGAAGCGCGAAGUACGUGGAAUUAGCGACGGACGUUGCCAAGUUUAUAGAGCGGUACCUAUUCGAUAAAAAUAAUGGCGUGCUGCUUCGCAGUUGCUACCGCGGGGAGGACGACAGAAUUAUUCAGACGAGUGUGCCGAUACACGGCUUUCACGACGACUACGCAUUCGUCGUGAAGGGAUUGCUCGACUUAUACCAGGCCAGCUUCGAUUUACAUUGGCUCGAGUUCGCCGAGCAGCUGCAAGAUAUACAGGAUCAACUGUUUUGGGACUCGCAGGACGGCGGUUACUUUUCGACGGUCGAGGACUCACAGAUGAUUCUACGAAUGAAAGACGCUCAUGAUGGCGCGGAGCCGUCUAGCAAUUCGAUUGCUUGUUCCAAUCUGCUACGGUUGGCGGUCUUCUUGGAUUGCAGUGAGCUUAAGGAAAAAGCUGCGCGGCUUUUGCGCGCCUUCGGUAAAGGGCUCACGGAGAUGCCGGUUAUGUUUCCGCAAAUGACUCUGGCGUUGCUCGAUUAUCACUACACGACGCAGAUUUACGUGCUGGGCAAACAGAAUGCCGAGGAUACGGAAGAGAUGUUGAGCGUGAUCCGUGAACGUCUGAUAGCCGGCAUGGUGCUUUUGCUGGUCGAUCACGAGCAGCAGGACAGCAUGCUUCUCCGCAGGAACGCGAUUGCCGGCAAGAUGAAGCCGCAGAACGGCCGCGCCACGGUUUUCGUCUGCCGGCAUCACACGUGUUCCCCGCCGAUUACGAGUCCCAGUGAACUCGCUUCUCUGUUGGACGACAGAGGAUUCUCCGCUUUGUGA